CUUCGAGCUUUGGUUAUGGGAAAUGACCGUACCAUCGUAUCGCAUAGACCGUAUACAAUUAAAUGCAGUGACUGUUUCCUUUGAAGAGUUUCGCUCAAUCACUUCAUUUAAUAUCGCAUCUGUUGGUCGUCUUCCAAUAUAAAUAUUGACACAAUUGCUUGCUCGUUUUUUUUGGUUCGCUCGUUGAUUGAAAUUCUCCGUUAGCGUGUGUAUUUUCUGAUGACUGCAAUAAGAAGCUCGAAGGCAAUUUGUAAUUUAUUCGGUUUGUUUAUUUAUAAUUGCUCUCAUUUUCGUAACCGGCCAACGAAAUGAGCAACUUUUCAUUCAUCGGUGUUGUCGUCAUCGACACCAACGCUGCCAUUAGUUGCCGUUGUAAUUGCUGUCAUCAUUUCGUACACAGUGAGUUGGCGCUUCAAAGCUAGUGAGCCAAAAAAAAACCUGCCAAUAAAAAUAAACAUAUCCUUUCCAAACGGUUAGACGAACAUCAUUAAGAUUGCUCAUGUUCAGAAAGUUUUCCAGUUUUCAAAGUUGGACUAAUUUUCAGACUGCCAGACUCAAUUCAACUCAACAUUGCUAUCUCUCAUCCACUUCAUAAAUACCCAAAGUCAGCGAUAUUUCCGUAACACAACGAAUAUGUCGGAAAUUACGCCAACGUGCCGUGAAGAUGUAACCAAGCGAAUUUUACAACAAAAAGUCAUACUACAGAAAAAGUGGCGCGAUUUAGCCCAACAACUUAACCAAAGUGUGGAAUGGACUGUAGCAGCAUGCUUGGGUCAAAUGCAAAUGACAGAAGAACAAUCUCAAAGCGUUGGUAUGUACUUUCAACUGAAUGCCCAAGAGUGUCGUUGGCUACAAACCGUACCAUAUAGAAAUUCCACGAACGGUUCCAUAUCAUCGGAUCCACUGCUGUAUCGUUUACACGAGGCAUUAGGUGUGUAUGGGCCAGCAUUGAAGGAGAUUAUUCACGAGGAAUUUGGCGAUGGAAUCAUGAGUGCGAUCGAUUUCACUGUAAAAGUUGAACGAGAAGUUGAUCCAGCCGGUGACCGUGUGAAGCUUGUAUUAAAUGGCAAAUAUUUGCCAUACAAAAAGUUCUAAUUGAAUAUUCAAUUUUUCCAGUUGAGAAUAGAGCACAAAAAAGUGCACAUACUUAACCUACUCACAUCUAGAUGGCAUAAUAAUGCUGCUAUAUCGAAUAAAAAUAAAUGCACAAUUAUUCAGAAUUUGAAUGCGAAAAAAAAAAA